AUGUCUCUCGUGGCGGAAGCCUUCGUCUCGCAGAUCGCAGCCGUAGAACCUUGGCCUGAAAAUGCUACAUUAUAUCAGCAACUGAAAGGGGAGCAAAUUUUGCUUUCUGACAAUGCAGCUUCCCUUGCUGUGCAGGCCUUUUUGCAAAUGUGUAAUCUGCCUAUCAAAGUAGUUUGUAGGGCAAAUGCAGAAUAUAUGUCUCCAUCUGGUAAAGUACCUUUUAUUCAUGUAGGAAAUCAAGUAGUAUCAGAACUUGGUCCAAUAGUCCAAUUCGUUAAAGCUAAGGGCCAUUCUCUUAGUGAUGGGUUGGAUGAAGUCCAAAAAGCAGAAAUGAAAGCCUACAUGGAAUUAGUCAACAAUAUGCUAUUGACUGCAGAGUUGUAUCUCCAGUGGUGUGAUGAAGCUACAGUAGGGGAGAUCACACAUGCUAGAUAUGGAUCUCCUUACCCUUGGCCUCUGAAUCGUAUUCUGGCCUAUCAGAAACAGUGGGAAGUCAAACGCAAGAUGAAAGCUAUUGGAUGGGGUAACAAGACUCUGGACCAGGUUUUGGAAGAUGUUGACCAGUGCUGUCAAGCUCUUUCUCAAAGACUGGGAACACAACCAUAUUUCUUCAAUAAGCAGCCUACUGAACUAGAUGCACUGGUAUUUGGCCAUCUGUACACCAUUCUUACCACACAAUUGACCAAUGAUGAACUUUCUGAGAAGGUGAAAAACUAUAGCAACCUUCUUGCUUUUUGUAGAAGAAUUGAACAGCACUAUUUUGAAGAUCGUGCUAAAGGCAGCUCAUCUCUUAGAUUGUCCUAG